AUGGCGCUGGAUCUAGACGACGGAUAUGUGGCUCCGGGCUUGAGCUCAGGCGGCGGUGGUGGUAUCGAGACUUCGCUGCCCAUCUUCAACGUCGAGCGAGUGCAGUUGCAGUUCAACAUCGCGUCCGACUUUGUGGCCGGGCAGGUCGCCAACAACGUCCUGAUCCUGGCGCUGGCCACGGGGCGCAUCUUGCGGAUCGAUCUCGAGAGCCCUUCGGACAUUGAUGAUGUCGACCUGCCCAAGAAGACCAGCGAGGUCGGGCUCAUCCGCCGCAUGUUCCUCGACCCUUCGGCCUCCCAUCUGAUCAUCACCACCACCCUUGGCGAGAACUUCUACCUGCACAGCCAGUCGAAGCAGCCCAAGGCACUGUCGCGGCUAAAAGGCAUAUCCAUCGAGUCGAUUGCUUGGAACCCUUCACAACCCACGGCCUCUACGCGGGAGAUCUUGGUGGGCGGGACGGAUGGGAAUGUCUACGAGAUCUACAUUGAGCCGGCGUCCGAGUUCUAUCGCCGCGAAGAACGAUAUUGCACACAUGUUUGGAAGAUCCCGGACGGCGCCGUCACGGGCCUCUGGGCGGAGACAAUCGACGGCAAGGCAGACAUACGGAGAGUGAUUGUGGCAUCACAUUCGAGACUGUGUCACUGGAUAGGCAAGACGGGCGGCCGAGGAAAAGAAGGCUCAGCUUCCAUCUAUGCCGAUCUCUUCUCCAAGGAAGCCCCUAUCACUCACGACACCACAGGCGCCUCCGCAACCGCGCCGUCAUGUUUUUCGGUGUCGCCUGAGUUCCAAGAUGCUGGCCCGGACUCGUAUCGCAGUUUCGCCUGGUUAUAUUCCCAGGGUGUCCUGACAGGAAAGCUGUUGACCUCCCCCACAUCCUCCAGUCUAGGCUCCAAGAUUUUUGGUGAGGCGAAACUCCACCCGCGAUCCGUGUUUCCGGAAACGAUAUCUGCUCGCGGUGGACGAAAGUUGAUACAAGAUCCCAUUGUCUCUGCGAUUCUGUCUCAAUGGCACGUCUUGGCCCUCGCCGAAGGUCGCAUUGUCGCCGUCAAUCGCCUUGAUGGGAGUGUUGUGUACGAUCAGGCGGUGCUGGAACCUGGACAGUCUGCUCUUGGCUUGGUGGCGGACCAGAAGAAGAACACGUACUGGCUUUUUACCAGCCAAGAAAUCUUCGAGGUGGUGGCAAACGACGAGGAGCGGGAUAUCUGGAAGAUCAUGCUGAAACAACAAGAUUACGACGCUGCUCUUCGCUAUGCCAAAGGAGCGGCACAGAAAGAUUCUGUUGCGACUGCUUCCGGAGACUAUCUGUCGAGCAAAGGGCAGUUCUUGGAGGCGGCAAGCGUAUGGGGAAAGAGCAGCAAAGCAUUCGAGGAAGUGUGCCUAUCUUUAAUUGACAAUGGGCAAGAAGAAGCCUUGAGGAGAUAUUUGUUGGCCAAGUUGGGCUCAUACAAGAAGUCAUCGAUCAUGCAGCGAGUCAUGAUAGCAACAUGGCUCGUGCAGAUCUUCAUGGCCAAGUUGAACUCGCUGGACGAUAUGGUCGCCACAAAAGCGGAAUUGCUGGAGCACACGGACGCCGGAGGGGCAAAACGAGAUCUGGAAAAGGCACGGACCGAGUUCCAAGAAUUUGUGGCCAAGUACAAGUCGGAUCUUGAUGCAAAGACAGUCUAUGAGAUCAUCUCGAGCCACGACAGAGAAGAGGAGCUCCUAUUCUUCGCCAACACCAUCACCGACUACGACUACGUUUUGUCGUACUGGGUACAAAGAGAGAAAUGGAAUGAGGCGCUGUCUGUGCUCAACAAACAAAGCAAUCCCGAGACGUUCUAUCGGUACAGCAAUGUGCUCAUGGCGCAUGUUGCGGUUGGAUUGGUAGAGAUUUUGAUGCGAAGAAGCAAUCUCGACCCGCAAAAGCUUGUACCCGCCCUUCUCAGCUACAAUGAGAAUGCCAACGUUCCCUUGAACCAGAAUCAGGCGGUGCGGUACCUGAACUUUGUUGUAACAAACAAUUUCGAGGUGCCUGCCUCUGUUCACAAUGCGCUUAUUUCGAUCAUGGCUGCACAUCCGUCGCCAUCAGAAACUAUGCUGUUGGGAUACCUUGAAAGCCAGCCUUCUCCGCCAUUCUACGACGCGGACUUUGCAUUGAGGCUUUGUAUUCAGCAUAACCGAGUACAGUCAUGCGUGCACAUUUACAGUACCAUGGGACAAUACCAGCAAGCGGUGGAACUUGCACUGCAGCACGAUGAUAUUGACCUGGCGGCAAUUGUCGCCGAUCGACUAGAGGGCAACGACAAAGUGAGAAAGCGGUUAUGGCUGCUUAUCGCCGAGAAGAAAAUCAAGGAAGCUGCGACCAUCAAAGAAGCGAUCAAUUUCUUGAAGAGAUGCGAGCUGCUCAAGAUCGAAGAUCUGAUCCCGUUUUUCCCUGAUUUCGUGGUUAUUGACGAUUUCAAAGAGGAAAUAUGCGAGGCACUCGAGGAAUAUUCGCGGCACAUUGACAGCCUCAAGCAGGAAAUGGAUCUCUCGCAACACACGGCAGAGCAAAUCAAAGCCGAGAUUGCAGCACUAGACCACCGCUAUGCCAUCGUGGAGGCGGGGGAGCGGUGUUGGAUCUGCACGCUCCCGGUCUUGAGCCGGCAGUUUUUCGUGUUCCCCUGUCAGCACGCCUUCCACAGCGACUGCCUGGGCAAACGCGUGCUUGAGAGCUCGGGGAGCAGCAAGAGGAAGAGGAUCAAGGACCUUCAGACGGAGGUCAACCAGGGGUUGAGUGUGGGCGUCCAGCGCCAGAAGCUAGUUGCCGAGCUGGACGGAUUGGUUGCUGAGCAAUGCGUUCUGUGCGGGGACUUGGGCAUCAAGCAGAUUGAUGAGCCCUUUGUUCAUGAGGGCGAUGAUGUGGAAGCUUGGACUAUCUGA